ACUGUGCUGUUUGUAGCCUGUUAUGGAAGAGGGGGGAGCUCCGGUGGGGGGCUGUCUGACUGAGGAGGACUGUGGCUGGGAUCCGCUCUGAGCCGUGAUUUGGAAAGAUAAGGCUGCACCGGAAGCUCGGUGGAACCGUCUCCCUCCACCCAAACAAUAACAGCACCGAGGCAGCGCUGGAGUCCAGCAUGGGGCCAGCGGACGGAGAGCUCUGGGCUGCAGCGGCUCACACGGGGGCUCCGCUCCGCCGUUGAGCUUCGCUCUCGCGGCAGCAGUCGAUCCUUUUACGGGCUGUGACAGGCUGGGCGCGCGGCAGACACGGCGAGCAUUGUUUCGCUUUUUUUUUUUUUUUCUUUUUUCACCGUUUUACCGCCUGACAGCCCCCCCCCCCUCCUUCCUGACCAACAGGGUCUCAGAUUCUCAUGGACUCCCUGCGUUAGUUUUCUCUUUUUCAGCUCUUUCUCUGUGUGAGCAGCGCUGCAGUCAUGUUUGCAGUGCGGAUAGUCACCGCAGACUACUAUCUGUCCAGCCCCAUUAAAGGCCUGGACGUGUGUUACUCUGAAUUCAGGGACAGCGAAGUGAAGAAGGUGCCGGUGGUGCGGAUAUUUGGAGCCACUCCAGCAGGUCAGAAGACGUGUCUCCACCUCCAUGGCGUGUUCCCCUACAUCUAUGUGCCGUACGAUGGCUGCACACAGCAGCCAGAGCGCUACAUGCGGCAGGUGGCCUUCAGCAUCGACAGGGCCCUCAACGUUGCCAUGGGAAACCCCGCCGCCAGCACCCAGCAUGUCUUCAAGGUGGUGCUGGUCUCUGGCAUGCCUUUCUAUGGUUUUCACGCCAAAGAGAAGCACUUUAUGAAGAUCUACUUGUACAAUCCUCAGAUAGUGAAAAGAGUGUGUGAGCUUUUACAGAGUGGAGCAGUGAUGAACAAGAGCUACCAGCCUCACGAGGGCCACAUCCCCUACCUCCUGCAGCUCUUCAUGGAUUAUAACCUGUAUGGCAUGAACCUGAUUAACAUGGGAGCUGUGAAGUUCCGCAGGAGCCAUAACAAAGACGGAGCAGCUCCAGAGGCGGAUCCAUCAUCUUCCAGCUCUCAUCCCAGCAUCAGUCCCUGGAAGAUCCCCUGUUCCACCAGGCUGAACGACAGCAGCCUCGCAGGUACCUUCGUCCGCUGGGAGGAGAGCGCUCUACCCUGCUCUUUAGUCCUGGAGAACGUGGAGAGGCAGAGCACCUGUGAGCUGGAGGUGGAUGCUGUGGCUGUCGACAUCCUUAACCGCCUCGACAUUGAAAAUCAGAUUGGAAGGAACCCUGGACUGCAGGCUAUUUGGGAGGAUGAGAAGCAGAGGAGGAGGGAGAACAACCAGUCCUCCCAGAUAGAAGCUCCUCAAUCACAGGAGCGUAGCUCCGUCACGUUAACGGACAGCGAGCAGACCUUCCUGAAGAGACUGAAGGACAUCCUGAGGGAGAACAAGUUUGAUUUAACCCAGGAUUUGCCGUUGGAUGAUGAGGAGAGUUUCUCAGCAGAGCUCACCCUGCAUCCUGACCAGCCGACCCCAGACGAGCUGCCCUGCACCGCUGCUAAUGCUGUGCAGGAGCACAGGGACUCUCAGCCAGACUCGGAGAGGAGCAGUGGGAGAGUCCCAGAGGAGGCGGUCGUUGAUGAGGAGGCCAUCCUAAGUCUUCUGGAGAGCAGUCAGACUUUUCUCCCACUCUCACAGACGUCCAACCACUCCCCGCUGUUAGAAAGCAGUCAAGAUCACGCCCUCAUCGAUCUGCUGGCAGGCCUGGAGGAUGACGGCUUCCACCGGUCCCCCCUCAGACAGGCCUCUAAGUCUCAUUCGCUGGCUGGCGCAGCAGCCUACCACUGUAAUAGUGAUGAAGAAGAAGCCGGGCCGGAGCUGGCGAAGGAAGAGGCGGAGCUCAGUAUGAUCAUGUCACAGCGGUGGGACAGCGAGCGCCAUGGGAGAACCGACCCGCUGAGGCCUGGAGUCAGGGAUGCAGAGGACGGCUUCAGCGACGAGCAGCAGGAGUCCUCUGACGAAGACAUGGAUUGGAGCGGGAACCAUUCCCUGUUUGCCGAUCUGUCCAUCCCGCAGCUGGAUGGGGCGGCGGACGAAAGCAGCGAUUCCUCCUUAACGGACACAGGCUCCAUGUCUCAGUCCUCGCUUACAGUCACAGAGAAGCUGUUGGGACAAAACAGCCCUUGCACAGGAGAGAGCGUCCACCUGGAGCCGCCUUCGCCCGCUAAGAUCCUGCUGUGCAAGCAUCCUGAGCACCGGCCAGGCCGCGUGUUGGACACUGAAGAACAACUCGAAAACCCCUUUCAGUUGAAAAGCAGCCAGGACGGAGCUAGUGGGUGUUCUGCAGGUUUCAGGGUCAAUAAAGAAAUCCCGUACAUCUUGCCAGUAAAGCACCCGAUUCCUGGUAAAAUAUCCGCCCACUCCGAGGUCUCUCCCAUUUGCAUGGACAAAGAGGACAUCCGUCCUUUGUAUGCGUGUAACAAGAAGAGCUCCAAACCCACAGAUAAGGUUGAGCUGGAAGGCUUCCCCUUUGCUGCUGGAAAGGUGUCAAAACACAGGAAGCAGUACAGCAGCCUGGAGACGGUGGAGGCUAAAAGUUUGUCAAUUUUCCAGAAACACAGCACCAUCUCCCUCUGCUACCCGGACCUCAGAACCUGCUCUGCCAAGACGGAGCUGGAGUUGAGCACUAAGGAGAGAAAAAGCCCGAUCCUGAGGAGCAUCACCUCAACGCCGUCGCUCAUGAAGGACGGCGAGUUCAGGGAUCCCAGGGAGGAGGAAAUGGCCCCAGAAAGCGAGGAAGGAGAUGUCGGGGAACUCAAAAUCCGAUACGAAGACUACCAGGAAAAUAAAACCGAGCGGACUAUCGUGGCCCAGCAGGAAGCGCACUACAAGUUCUUCCCCAGUGUGAUCCUCUCCAACUGUCUCAACAGAAAGAAAAGCGGAAACAAAAAGCCGGCGGACGCCUGCUGUAAACCAGAGCCAUCCCCGCCUUGCAAGUUGAAGCUAAAACUUCCUAAAAAGAGGUUAGGAAUGGCCGGCCAUAGGAGCAAAGCACUGAUGUGUCAGAGCCUGUCCUCUGACGGCCCGGUUAGCACAGAGCUCUCCUCCACAACGCCUGCUUUACACGAUUCAGAGACCGAGGGGCCAAUUUCAGAGGACCAACCAGAAUCACAGGCCGAGGCAGAUAAAGAGGCCGAGCCCGUCGUAAACAGGGAGUUGGAUGGUGAGAAGAAGCCUGUCAUUGACCCGAUAGAACCAGAGGCGGUCGUCUCCAACCUCACCGUCGAGUCCUCUUCUUGCGAAGAAGCCAAAGAAACAACCGAAGAGAAUCUGAGCCUUGAUCCGCCUUCAUCUGCUAAAGUUAGGCACACUAAACCGUCAACACUGCCAGGAAGUAAAUACAAGCUAAGGGCGAAACGGAAAAUGACCCCUGAUGGCGACAGCGAGGACCACCCAGUUUCCAGUUGUUCCAAAAAGCCGGGCAAGCUUCCCGGGUGGCAGGAGACCAAGCAAAACAAGAGACGCAAGAGGGAGCCUCCUGUCAUCAUCAAGUACAUCAUCAUCAACCGGUUCAAAGGACAGAAGAACAUGUUAGUGAAGAUGUCCAAAGUGAGCGCUGAGGAACAGCAGGUUGUUCUGACUCCUGACAAAAUGGAGCGUUACAAUAAACUGGCUCCUCUGAAGAGUUUCUGGCCUAAAGUACCAGAGUCCACAGCUGUCAGGUUUCCCAUCAAAGAGCCCAAAGCUAAAAAAGCACCCAAACGGAAAACGAGGGUCAACAAUGCCAACAAGAACCUGAUCAGCGGCUCCCCCAAAACGCCCGCGACCAAACGAGGAAGGAUGAGACGGACUAAAGGCUGCCCAAGGCGGCCGGUUCUGCCCUCCCUACCUCCACCUCGGCCGUCUUACUGCGAGCUUGCGGACGAUACCGAGAAAGAUUACGCUGAUGUCAUGGUAGAACUGGGCUAUCUGUCAGACCGAUCCCCGAGCCCCACUGAAUCCACGCCGCCGCGCUGCUGGUCCCCGAGCGAGCCUUCCCUGAGCUGCUCAGAGAAGCUGAUCAAUCCGCUCAGUGACCCGUGUCUUAGUUCUGCUCCUCAGAAGCCUGCGACCAAACGAGCCCGAAACGCCAAAGCUAAGAGGUCCGCCAACUCUAAACAGACAGCAAAAGGGUCCGCCAAGUCCUCGGAGGCACAAGAGCCCAAAGUGGAGAAAUCCAGAAAACGAAACGCCGCUACUCCAAGGCAGAGGAAGAAAGCUAAAGAUGGAGCGGAAAGUCCUGCAACGUUUCCGCAGCCCAGAAGGUCCCGCAAGAAGAAAACCAGCGAUUCAUGUAGAGCAGACUCCCAGCAGCGGGUCCCUCCACCGAAGGAUUCCCCUAAAGAAGUUCCUCCAUCUCAGCAGCCAUUAGGCCCCAACCACAGCAGCGCCAACAGGGAGUCCACUCCUGCUCCCUCGACCAGCUUCGUCAAGCCGAAGGCGGAGGACUGUGAGACCUCCAUCAUGGAGGCCAACCAAAGUCUGCUGGCUCCGGUAGAAGUGAAGCAGCAGGGCUGUCAGACCGCCGUGGUGAAAGCAGAGUCCUUCCCGGAGGAGAGCGCCGCCCCUCAGCCUGAAGAUGUCAAGAGAGAAAACGGUUUUCCUAAAAACGGGGAGGUCCCUCCUCUCCCUGAGGUCUCUGGCCUGGCGGUGCUGAAGCAGCUCCUCCAGAAGAGGCAGCAGGGCCAGGCGCUCCCUCUGCAGGCGGUCGGCACAGACAGACACGCUGCCGCCCUCGCUCAAGCCGCAGUGCUGCUAAACCCCUCCGCCAAACCCAUCAGGACCCCUGCUACUGCUCCUCGUAAACCCCGCGCCCCGAAAUCGGCCGCUUCCAAAGAGAAAAGGCCCAGAACCAGGAAAGCCAGGACCAGCUGCACUCAGCCGGAACAGCCAGGGAAGCAGGACGGCAGCACGUCUGAUGACUGCCUUCUCUUCUCCUCCGCUCCCAGCCUCGCCAGCUGCAACUUCAUAGAGGACAGCCUGUCCCCCGAGCUGCCCGCCGCCUACACCUUCGACAUUAACACCAUCCACCAGGCAGAGUUCUCUAGCCCCUACAGCGGUAGUCAGUUCGUUUUGACCGAUAAAAACCUCCCCGUCAAGUUCCUCAGUGACAUCUGUCAGGAAGCGCCGCCUGCUCAGACGAAGUGCGUGGAGGAGCUCCCUCAGGGCAAAACCCAUCGAGGCUCGGACGUGGGCGGCGCCAGGGCAGCCAGUCCAGAACUCUUUGACAGCUCUGGGAACAGAGAGCCUUCGGCGGACAUCACCUCCCUGGAUUGUGAGAGGCAGAGGGAGUGGGACCGGUCUCUGUUCAAACCUCACAUCCUCAGCCCCUUCCAAGACUUCCACUGCGAGAGGAAAGAGCUCCUGUUCUCCGCCUUCGACCCCGUCAUCCCUCUGUCUCUGAGCUCGGUGUCGUUCAUCGACCAGGAGGGCUCCCCGACCAGCGAGCUCCAGGAGAGCAUCGAUGGGCUGACGUCCACCACGCCCAGCAGCUCCCCUCACUCUAUAAGCUCGCUAUCACAGGCUAGGGGAGGCCAGCUUCACCGGGGGGCCGCAGGCGGAGCCUACGUCCUCAAGCCGCUCAUGUCCCCUCCCAGUCGGGAGGAGAUCCUCAGCACGCUCAUGGACCUGGACAUGUCAGAGGCUACUUUCCAGGAGCCCUUCUGCAGCGACCCCUCUGACAUCCCAAGCAGGCCAAUGGAGGUCGGAGGGCGUAAGCUGACAGUUGGAACCAGACUGGUGAAGGAGCUGGAGGAGUUCGGAGGAGACCUCUCUUUGGAGGGCCUCCUUUUCUGGAAGACUGCCUUCUCCGUCAUGACACACCCCGCUGCCACCAUCGCCACCUCAUCGCAGGAAGCAGAGACAAAGGAAGAGAAGACCGAGCUCCCAGAAUCCUCAGCCAGCGACAAGAAGGUGGUCCUCCUGCCCUGCAGAAACCCGCCGAGCCGGGAGCGCGUGCAGCUGUGGCUGGAAGCCAGGAAACAAUACGAGAGCCUGCAGAGAGGGAGGAGAGAGACGGGGAAGGAGAGGGGUGAGGCUGAGGUGGAGCAGGACAGUCCGGAGAGAACGGAGCUGCCGGCCGCGUCCAGAAGCCCCUCGGUUACCGUCCAACAGUGCGGGAAUGUUUCCAGCACCAGAGCUCAAAGAAGGAAGAAGCUCAACCUGUCUUUCCUCUUGUCUCCUCUGGCGGAUGGAGCCAGAUCCAGCGCAGAGAGUCCAGGUUCUGAUGAGAGCGGGGCGAGCCCGGAGCCGGAGGACAAAGACGAGGAUGAAGAUGAUGCUUCUAAAAUAACUUCUCCAGAAUCCCCAGAGCUGCCUCCAUGGCAGGAAUCCCAUCAGCUGAGCCCUGAACGCCUCAUCAACAGGAAGCCAUGUGAAAACUCACCUGAACCAUUGUCCCCCAUGCAGCAGGAGCCCGGAGAGGGCCGAUCUCCUUCCCCGUUCCUUAGCAACGACAGGGACGGAGACAGCAGCCCACUCCCCCUACACAGCACCCCCUUCAUGAGGAAAAGGAGGAGGAGCACAGAGGAGCAUGAUCCGGUGUGCAGCACCCCCAUGAGUGACAAAGAUCCUGUUUCUCCAAGACUUCAGCAGAGGAGAAGAAGCCAAGCUGAUCCUUUGAGAAGAGUUUUACUGACCACACAGAUGAAGAACCAGUUUGCUGCUAUAAACGUGCCAAAGAAGGACCAGUCUCAGAUUGAAGGGCCCAGCAUAGCCAACUCGUACGGCUUCAAAGUCAGCAUGCAGAACCUGCAGGACGCCAAGGCUCUGCAUGAGGUCCAGUACCUGACCCUGAUGGGAAUGGAGCUCCACGCAAGAAGCCGCCGUGACCUGGAGCCCGACCCAGAGUUUGACCCCAUAUGUGCCUUAUUCUACUGCUUCAGUUCUGAUGCCCCCCUGCAGGGAGAAGACGGCACCCAGCUGACGGGCGCCAUCAUGGUGGACAGAGAGCAUCAGAGCGCGGGGCGAGGCUGCAGAGCGACAGCGCCGCUGCUGGUCAGGUCAGGCGUCUCUGGGCUGCAGGUGACCUAUGCCAGCGAGGAGAAGAUGCUGUUUCAGGAGCUCAUCACCAUCAUGAGAAGGUUCGACCCAGACAUCCUGGUGGGCUAUGAGGUUCAGAUGCGUUCAUGGGGCUACCUGCUUCAGCGUGCCGCUGCGCUGGGAGUGGACCUCUGCCAGCAGCUGUCCCGGAUCCCAGGCGACUCCAAGGAAAACCGCUUCGCCGCCGAGAGGGACGAGUACGGCGCCGACACCAUGACUGAGAUCAACAUCAUCGGACGCGUCACCCUCAACCUGUGGAGGGUGAUGAAGAGUGAGGCAGGUUCCUCUACACACACUAACUACCGCGUGGAGUCCAUGAUGCUCCGCGUGGCCAAGCCUCUGAACUACAUCCCUGUGACGCCCAGCGUGCAGCAGCGAGCUCAGCAGAGGGCGCCGCAGUGCAUCCCUCUGGUGAUGGAGCCAGAGUCCCGCUUUUACAGCAAUUCUGUGGUGGUUCUGGACUUCCAGUCGCUGUAUCCCUCCAUCGUCAUCGCCUACAACUACUGCUUCUCCACCUGCCUGGGCCACGUGGACAGCCUGGGAACGCCUGAUGAGUUCAGGUUCGGCUGCACGUCUCUGCGGGUUCCUCCUGAGCUGCUCCACCAGCUCCGUAACGACAUCACAGUCUCUCCAAGCGGCAUCGCCUUCGUUAAGUCGUCGGUGCGUAAAGGCGUCCUGCCCAGCAUGCUGGAGGAGAUCCUCAACACCAGGAUCAUGGUGAAGCAGUCCAUGAAGACCUACAAGCAGGACAAGGCCCUGAUGAGGCUGCUGGACGCCCGGCAGCUCGGACUCAAGCUCAUCGCCAACGUCACCUUCGGCUACACCGCCGCAAACUACUCUGGGCGGAUGCCCAGCGUGGAGGUGGGAGACAGCAUCGUCCACAAAGCCAGAGAGACCCUGGAGAGAGCCAUCAAGCUGGUCAAUGACACCAAGAAGUGGGGAGCACGUGUCGUAUACGGAGACACAGACAGCAUGUUUGUCCUGCUGAAAGGAGCCACCAAGGAGCAGGCCUUCAAGAUCGGACAGGAGAUCGCCGAGGCCGUAACCGCCACCAACCCCAAACCUGUCAAGCUCAAGUUUGAGAAGGUGUACCUACCCUGUGUGCUGCAGACAAAGAAGCGCUACGUUGGCUACAUGUACGAGAGUCUGGAUCAAAAAGAGCCGACGUUUGAUGCCAAAGGGAUAGAAACAGUGCGUCGUGAUGGAUGCCCCGCGGUUUCCAAGAUUCUGGAGCGUUCCAUCAAGCUGCUGUUUGAGACGCGAGACAUCAGCCAGGUGAAGCAGUUCGUCCAGCGGCAAUGCGCGAAGGUUCUGGACGGCCGGGCCAGCAUGCAGGACCUGACCUUCGCAAAGGAGUACCGAGGCAGCGGGUCGUACCGGCCCGGAGCCUGCGUGCCUGCUCUGGAGCUCACCAGGCGUAUGAUGGCGUACGACCGCCGGCUGGAACCCCGCGUGGGAGAGAGGGUCCCCUACGUGAUCGUGUACGGGAUGCCCGGCGUGCCCCUCAUCCAGCUGGUGCGCCGCCCCAUGGAGGUCCUGCAGGACCCCAGCCUGCGCCUAAACGCCACAUACUACAUCACCAAGCAGAUCCUGCCGCCACUCGGCCGCCUGUUCCAGCUGAUCGGGGUGGACGUCUUCAGCUGGUACCAGGAGCUCCCCAGGGUCCAGAAAGCUUCCUGCUCCUCUGGGCUGGGCGGGGAGGAGCCCACUGGGAGGAAGGGAACCAUUUCCCAGUACUUCACCACGCUUCACUGCCCCGUCUGUGACGAGCUGACCCAGCUGGGGGUGUGCUCGCGCUGCCGGGCCGACCCUCAGAGGGUGGCGGUGACCCUGUACCAGGACAUGAGGCAAUGGGAGAGUCAGCAGGAGCAGCUGCUCAAGAUCUGCAGGAACUGCAGCGGCUGCGCUGAGCGGCAGGUCCCCUGCGUGUCCCUGGACUGUCCCGUCCUCUACAAGCUGUCCCGGGUCAGCAGACAGCUCUCCAAGGCCCCCUACCUCAGACAGCUGCUGGAGCAGUUCUGAUCGGCUCAUUUGGUGCUAAACUCUGACGCUUCACUCACAUUUUAACGGUGCUUUGAAUAAACUGGUUUGUUUUUUUUUAUAUUUGAUCUGGUGAUUAACUCUAAGUUAUGAGACGCUGGUUUACUGCCGCCUCCAUAAGCUGCUGGGUGAAGCCGAUUCCACUCCCUGAUGAUUGACGCCACUAAGAGACGGAGGCCACGUUUCCUCCUACAGUCCGACCGCGUUAGCGCGAAAGCUGAACCUUCAGAAGGUGCCAUGUUUCCUGCGAUUGUACCGCCGUCGAUCCGACGCAUCCUUCAGCAGAGGGUGAGAACUGGAACUGCGUUUCUUUUCAAUCUGGGACUGUUGCAAUACUGUAUGAUAAAACGUCAUGAAGAGUAUUUCUUUGUGAACAUGGGUUUGAUGUACGUGUCCGGUUUCCUGUGCAAACCUGCUUCUAAACUACAGCAUCUUUCCUCAAACAUGGAGGAUCUGUUUGUAAAAAUGUAAAAAAAGAAAGGAAAAAAAAAA